CUGUGUCUGGUCAAACAAGUUAUUCUUAUAAUGAUUAUGGCAGAGCAACUAAACGAUGAGCAGAUUGCAGAAUUCAAGGAAGCCUUCGACUUGUUUGACAAAGAUGGGGAUGGUGCCAUCACAACCAAGGAACUUGGUACUGUGAUGCGUUCGUUAGGACAAAAUCCGUCAGAGUCAGAACUGCAAGACAUGAUUAACGAAGUUGAUGUUGAUGGAAGUGGUACGAUUGACUUCCCAGAAUUCUUAACCAUGAUGGCCAGAAAGAUGCGAGACAGUGACACGGAAGAGGAGCUACGAGAAGCUUUCCGAGUGUUUGACAAGGAUGAAAAUGGCUACAUUUCUGCGGCCGAGUUACAUCACGUGAUGACAAAUCUAGGAGAAAAACUUACUGAAGAGGAAGUUGACGAAAUGAUCCGUGAAGCUGAUAUUGAUGGUGAUGGGCAAGUUAAUUACGAAGAAUUCGUGAAGAUGAUGACGUCAAAGUGAACCCUAUGAACUUGUGCAGAUUUCUACAUCUGUGAUAUUAUAUUUUCAAGCUUAUGUGUCCUGAACAGACAAAGAGGGAGAGAGACAGAGAGAGAGAAAGAGAGAGAGAGAUGGACAGAAAUAGAAAGAAGGGGAAAAGAAAGAGGGAAACAAGAACAAUGAAAGAAAGUUUGAAGGAAAGAAAAUGAAGAAAUUAAUUGCUAUGAAACGAAAUAAUGCAAAGGAAUUAUAAAAUGCAAAAAAAAAAAAUAAUAAAAUAAUUAAUAUUGAUGAAUAUUUUGAAGACUGACCAUUAUUUCGGACAGGAAAGUAUAAUGGUCAGAAUGGAAGUAAAAGAGAAAAAUAAAACAAAAA